AUGGGGGGGGCAUCGGACCAAUGGACUUCCCUGUACGGAGUAGACAGAGUCUUGAUCAACUUUGAUGUUCGUCAAUCCCAGGCUGGAAAUGGUGCCGCCGACUCAGAGCACGCCCUCCUCGACAGCAGCAACCCAAAACCCGACCAGGACCAGGCUCUCAUAUUUUGCGCCAGAGCUUAUUCAAACAGGAAAAAGAGACGAGGCACUCGAUCAAAGCACCGCGCGAGUCACCUCCCCGGUCUUGGCGUGCGUCCGUCCCGGUCUUGGAGCCACAUGUUUGGAAAUUGGCCUCCCAACUCUGUUUCUGCUCCCCCGCACCCAGCGACGGACGCCUCCGAAGGAAACCUGAGAUCCGUCGCUCCGGUUGGGUCCUAA